UCUCUCAGAAUUGAUUUAUUAAGUAAAACUGAACAUAUGAAGACUUAAAAAAGUGGACCAAAUCAACAAAGCUGGGCGGAAGCAAACAGUUUCUUCUUCCUUUCUUCUUAUUUGUUUCCCACCGUUGCGCGUAGAACCAUAGAAGUAGACUUGGAUUCAAAACCACACAGGAUCUAACGCAUUUUUUUCUCUCUCUUUCUUUCUCUUUUUCUCUUUUUCUUUCUAAAAUUUUCUCGUUGCUCCCUUUCCGGCAUUCUUCGGACACAAGCUUCGGUAGGCCAUUGAUGGCCAUAAACAGAGGACUAUUCCAAACUGUAUGAUUGUUCGUUUUCUAAUUAUGGAGAGAUAUAAAGCGAAAAAAUGGUCUUAUAUUUGACGAUGUAGAUGCUUCAUGACUUAGUGCUAUUCUGGUGGAUUCAUUGGAACUCAGCAUACUAGAACAACCACUUUUCAAGCUAGAAAAAGAUGCUAGUGGAAGGUGGUGAUUAUGUGAGUUAAGCAGCAGACUGAGAAUAGAAGAACUUGAAAUGGAUACUUCCACGAACUAAUUGGCCGUAUUGCUCAAAUAGGCAUAUGAUCAGUUCAUACCCUGCUGAUGAGUUACAGGCUUUAACUGCUUAGAGUUGUAGAUCAUUCUUCUUCCUCUUUGUUAGCACCUUGCCUUUUGGAUUUUCUAUGUGCAAUUAAUUUUUUUGUAGUUCAUGCAACCAUCACAAGUUAGAAUUGUGGUUUAUUUAUUCUUAGUCAUAAAAGGAAUUGGGCUUUGAGAUAUUCAUGCGUUUGUGUGCUCAUAAUGAAGAAAUGGUAUGGUGGUGUAUUGGUUGCAUCCUUAUUUAUGCUUCUAGUCCUGAGAUAUACCAUCACAAAGAAUCCUAUCGGGGAGAGUUAUUUGGCAAAUCCCUUCACCAUCAAUGGUACUAAUCCUCUUGAAUGGAUAAAUUCUGGUGUUCCACCAGCCAUUCAAAAUCCAGAAGGUGCUUCUCAAGUAAUAUCUGCAGAGUCCAUGGUAGUGAGUCUUUUUGCUCAAUGGAACACCUCCAAUGAAGAACAGCUGUCUCUGCAGACAUGGAACCAUAUGAAACAUCUAAUUAACAAUGCCCAGGGUUUACCCAAUGCAAUAGAUGCUAUUAAGGAAGCUGGAGGUGUAUGGAAUAGCCUUAUGGCUUUGGUUCAAGAGGAAAAGCUUGGUUAUUCUAACGAAAGUUCACAAGGGAGGGCUAAAGAGAAACAGUGUCCUCAUUUCUUAAAUAAAAUGAAUGGCACAGAACCUGAUAAUGGUGGCUAUAAGAUGCGGGUUCCUUGUGGCCUGACUCAAGGUUCUUCAAUUACAGUUAUUGGUAUUCCAAAUGGUAUUCUAGGUAAUUUUCGGAUUGAAUUGACAGGGGAACCACUUCCAGGGGAGCCUGAUCCACCCAUUAUUUUGCAUUACAAUGUUAGACUUCAUGGUGACAAGAUAACUGAAGACCCUGUAAUUGUCCAAAACACCUGGACUGCUGCUCAUGAUUGGGGUGCAGAGGAACGAUGUCCCUCACCAACUCCUGAAAAGGAUAAGAAAGUGGAUGAAUUGGACCAAUGCAACAAGAUAGUAGGCAAAGGUGAUGCCCAAAUUCUCCUGGGUAUGCGUUCCAAUGUUUCAAGGCGAUCUUCAAGUUUGCAAGAUGGAUCCAAGGCCAGAAAAUACUUCCCUUUUAAGCAAGGUUAUCCAUUUGUUGCAACGCUCAGAGUGGGAUCUGAAGGAAUCCAAAUGACGGUUGAUGGAAAGCACAUUACAUCCUUUGCUUAUCGUGAAGCAUUGGAGCCAUGGCUUGUUAGUGAAGUCAGGAUUGAUGGAGACUUGAAGUUGAUUUCUGUCCUGGCCAGUGGUUUACCCACAUCAGAGGAUUCAGAGCACAUAAUUGAUUUAGAAGCGUUGAAAUCAGCUCCUCUCUCUCCUAAGAAACCAUUAACUCUCUUCAUUGGUGUGUUUUCCACUGCAAACAAUUUUAAGCGUCGAAUGGCUGUUAGAAGAACGUGGAUGCAGUAUGCUGCAGUAAGGAAUGGGGCAGUUGCUGUGCGAUUUUUUGUUGGUUUGCAUAAAAACCAAAUAGUUAAUGAGGAACUCUGGAAUGAGGCACAGACGUAUGGAGAUGUACAGCUGAUGCCAUUUGUAGAUUACUAUGGCCUCAUCACAUGGAAAACUCUAGGCAUCUGCAUCUUUGGGACAGAGGUUGUUUCUGCCAAGUUUGUCAUGAAGACGGAUGAUGAUGCAUUUGUUCGUGUGGAUGAAGUUCUAGCUUCUUUACGUAGGAUUAAUGUGACCCGGGGAUUGCUUUAUGGACUCAUUAAUUCAGAUUCCCGGCCUCAUCGCAAUCCUGAUAGCAAGUGGUAUAUCAGCAAUGAGGAAUGGCCUGAAGAGACUUACCCACCGUGGGCACAUGGUCCUGGUUAUGUGGUGUCGAGAGACAUAGCAAAGGCAGUCUUCAGAAAGCACAGAAAAGGUCAUUUAAAGAUGUUUAAGCUAGAGGAUGUGGCAAUGGGCAUCUGGAUUGCAGAUAUGAAAAAGGAGGGUUUAAAGGUACGCUAUGAGAAGGAAGAGAGAAUCUAUAACGAGGGAUGCAAGGACGGUUAUAUCGUGGCACAUUACCAAGGUCCAAGAGAGAUGCUCUGUCUCUGGCAAAAACUUCAAGAAGGAAACGGUGCUAGAUGCUGUGGAGAAAGAUAAGCAUAAUUCGGACACUUAAUUUGAAUUUUUAAAUCUUGGUAACCGACCUUUUUUUGUAGAGAUUUGCUGACCAACCAAGAUUUUGACAGAAGACCCUCUCUAAUCGGACGAGCUUAUCGAGAGAUUUAUGGGGGACUUUGGGUUGGAGAGGGUGGUUUAUCACUUGUGUAUAUUUAGGAAUAGUACGUAGCAAUUAGAUAUAUGAUAUAGUCGAGAGGCACGUAGAGGUUCGCGAAUUUGGUAGGGUACAGAGAAUUUGUGUUGUAUAAUUCUCAUAUUCUAUAUAGGACCACGAGUUGCAAAAUUCUUUUAUUCCAUUACAUCAUUUCUCGUCUGGCCAGAUGAGGGAUCGUAAUAGUCGUAUUUCUAGGAAAUUAUGGGAAAGUAUGUUACUCCUCGUCUAGUGUUAUUAUUAUUUGUACGACCAUUCGAAUAGCAUUGCUCAAUUCCAUUUUAUUUUUUUUA